AUGUCGCAACAACAAACCGUCUUUCGAUUCCCGACGAGGAAUGCCUUUGAAGACUUGGCUACCUUCCAGGAAGAUAUUCCUAUCCCAGCUAGCCACGAAGUCCUCAUCAAAGUACGAGCUGUUUCACUCAACUCCAGAGAUACCCAGGUUGCCACCUCUAAGUAUCCUUUCUUCAUCAAAGACCAUGUGAUUCCAGGAUCGGACGCGGCUGGUGACAUUGUGGAAGUUGGUAACGCCGUCCGUGGUUUCGCCAAAGGAGACCGAGUAGUAGUGUCUUUCGAUAAUACGCGGCUAUAUGGACCAGCAAAUGAUGUGAUUUCCGGACAGGGGGGUGGUGUUGACGGCGUGAUGGCCCAGUAUAUCGCCCGCUCAGCGUCGGCCGUUGUCAAGAUUCCUGUCGGCUCCCCUCAAUCCUACAGCGAAUUGGCGUCGCUUGUCUGCACCGGAGUCACUGCUUGGAACUCUCUGUACGGGAAUAAUCCCUUGAUUGCAGGCCAAUCGGUUCUCGUUCAAGGAACCGGAGGCACAUCCAUGACAGCUCUUGUUCUAGCCAAAGCAGCUGGUGCGACCACAAUUGUGACCUCCUCAAGCGACGAAAAACUCAAGGUUGUCAAAGAAUUGUUCAGCCCCGACUAUUGCAUCAAUUACACCAAGACUCCGGACUGGGCUUCAGAGGCCGUCAAGCUAACCGGAGGCAAAGGCGUGGACCAUAUUUUGGAGAUCGGCGGUAUUGGAACCAUCGAGCAGAGUCUCGCUGCAAUUGCUCAGGGAGGCGUGAUCAGCAUCAUUGGAUAUCUCGCCAAGUUUGACCCUGCGCGUACGCCCAACGUCUUGCUGCUCGCUCUUGGCAAGGAGGCUGUUAUGCGUGGUAUUCAGAUUGGACCAAAGUGCAUGCUGGAUGAUUUGGUCACUUUGGUGUCAAGGCGGAAAUUGAGAUUUCAGAUUGAGAGGGAGUAUGCAUUCACUCGGGAUGACAUCGUUGCCGCUUACAACGCUCUUGCUUCUGGCAAGCAUAUUGGAAAGAUCUGUAUCGUGGUUGAGUGA